AUGCCUGCGCCCACCAAGCGUUCGCGCACGACAGACGCCGACGAUGAACCCCUCGACCGCGACCAGCACGCGCGCGAUGUAGCCUCGUCGUCGUCGGCAGGUGUCGGCGCGACCGCGUCGUCCUCGCUUGCGGCUACGGCCACCCCGCCCCGCCGCAAUGUGGCGCGCCGUUCGCCCGUCCGUCGUACCCCUGCACACCCUGCUCCCCUUACAGCUGGAAGCUCUUCGUCGACCGCAUCGACCACCCCCACUCGCGCGGCCCCCGGUACAUCGACGCCCACCGCGCCCAGCCGUAUCGCAACGCGCACCCCGCGCGCUCGCCUGUCGCUCGCGUCGGCCUCAUUGUCCCCCAGCCCCGCAGCCACCACCCGCUCGGCCUCGUUGUCCUCGUCGGCCUCUGUCUUUGGACUGGGUCGCGGCGCCAACUCUCCCGUGCCCCCGCCUUCCCUCAUGCUGACGGGCUCGCCUGGUCCCAGCCGUGCCAGCGGAUCCUUGUCGGUCCUGACCCGCGCAGCCAGUAUGAGUGCCGUGCCCACUCUCGGAUCCAUCAAGGAGGUUCUUGCGGGCAGCGGCGGCUCGGCACCGCCACCUGCCAAGGGCGGGUCCGACCCCGACGGCAACGCAGGCCCAUCAGGUGGUCGCUGGGGUAAGGGCAAGGAAAACAUUCCACCCAAGCCCGAUUCGCCGGCCGAGAGCAGCUCGCGCAAACGCGUCCGCGUCUCUGCUCGCGCGUCAAGCCGUGCGCCGAGCCGUACCCGCUCGGCCUCGGUCGUCAGUGUUCGCAGCGAGAGUGUCGCCUCGUCCGUGCCCCCGAGCAGCUUUACAGACCUCUCAUCGGCUCGCACGUCGUCGUGCCUGCCCUCGCCAUCUCCUAGUCCCUCCAUUGCCACUACCGUGUCGUUUGACACGACUGUCUCGUCUUUGACCGACGACAGCAGCCCCAUGGACGUUGACGGAACCCCAACCAAGCGUGGCAAGCGUCCCGCCGCUGCCAUGAUCACCGGCACAUCACUUAUUACCCCUCCACCCUCGAGCCCCGUUCCAUCUCUCGUCGACGCGAUCGACGGCGUUAAUGUUCGGUCGCGCACCAACACCCGCAGCCCUUCUCGCGAUACCCUCGUUCGUUCCAACCCGUACCGUGUGCUCAAGUCUGCACUCCGCCUUUCAUCUUCCCCAGCCGGGGUUGGCGCCGCCAUCAGUCCCGUCGACGCCGCUAUUGUUGGCCGCGAUGACGAAAAAGCCGUGCUCCAAAGUUACCUCUCCCUGGUCUCGACUUGCGAUGUCGGCAUGUACGUCUCGGGCCCGCCUGGUACGGGCAAGACGGCGCUCACCACUGCCGUCGGCCGCGGCCUUGCCAUGGACGGCUGGCGCAUCGCCGAGAUUGGCGUCAUGGGGCUGCGUGCAACCGACGUCUGGGCCCGUCUCGGUGACGAGCUCGGCUGUGGCCGUUCCGAGGAAGACGUUGUGGCACACCUCUCGACCUCUGGUUCGCGUACCUUUAUCAUCCUCGAUGAGGUCGACUCGCUCCUCCCUCCUGCCCCGUCGCUGCCCCCACCUGCCACCUCGCACGUCCUCUCCAAGCUCUUCUCCCUCCCGCUCAUUUCCGCGUCGGGCACCGCCACAGUCAAGCUGGUCGCCAUCUCCAACACCCUUGACCUCACUGUCCGCGCAAACCUCGUUCUCGCCGACGGUGCCAUGCCCCAGGUUCUCCCGUUCCGUGCAUACAACGCCAUUGACAUGACUGCCAUUGUCGCUGCUCGUAUUGCCGCGGCUGGCGACGGUCCCGACACCGCCAAGGUCGACCCCCGUGCUGCUGAGCUGCUCUGCCGCAAGGUCGAGGCUCAGAACGGUGAUCUCCGCAUGUGUCUUGGCGUCCUCGCUGCGGCUGUCAACCUCGCCGAGGCCGAUUGGGUCAAGAAGACUGGCGACGACAAGCCCCUCGUCAAGGUCGCCCUUCCGCACGUCCUCAAGGCUUUCACCUCGCACACCCAGCAGCUCCGUGCUGCUGCUGGCUCGUCGGCAUGCGGCGCUACCUCGGCCACAGGCUCCAAGAUCCGCUCGGUGCCGCUCCAGGGCCGCAUGGUCCUGGUCGCGCUCCUCAUCUUCCUCAUGCGCUCGCGCGCCGGUCUGGCGGGUUGCCCUGCCCAGGGUGCCAACUCCGAGUCGCUCACCGUUUCGGCCUUGUACGCCACCUACGCUCACGUCCUCUCGUACGAGUCGGCGCCUUUCCCUCCGUCCCCCGAGGGCGACUACCGCGACCUCCUCUCCAACCUCGAGACCCUCGGCCUCGUCAAGCUCACCCCGCUUGCCGGAACCGGUCGUGCCCCGCGUGCCGCCGCGCUUGGUCUGGGCCCGCGCGUCGAGCUGUGCGUUCGCGAGGAGGAGGUCAAGGACGGUCUCGGCUUGGCUGGUGCCACCCCUGUGGACAAGAUGGGUCGCGCCGAGGAAGAGGUCCUUCGCGUCUGGUCACGUGAGGACGACCGCGUCGGCCGCGUGCGUGCCCGUGCCGUCGCUGCCCUGGAGCGUGCUGAGAGUGGCCUCAACGACGACUUUGCGUAA